CAUUGAAACCAUGCAAACUUUUAUGACCCUGCCUUUUAAAAGCAUCGGAAUCGAGAAUCGUUAGAAACCAGAAUCGAUACGAGGAAUCGGAAUCUGAACGGGAAUUGUUCAAAUUCAAACAAUGCCCAACCGUAGUCAUUACAGGUGGCGUUACGAAUGAGUUCAGCUCCUAGACUGUGAGCUAAGUUGUGUAAGUUUGAAUUUAUACCUAAACUGUACCUAAAGUCACUCACACUGUACAAAGAAGACAUGAAGGACAUAUAAAAUACAGUAAAAAAGAUUAAAAGGAUUGUCUGGAAGGAUAACUAACCUCCUUGUAACAGCACACAGAAUCCAUGACCCCUCUAUCGUUCAUUUGCAUUCAAUAUUCUUUAUACUUAGUUGGGACAAAAAUAGUGGCCAGUAUUGGUGGGCCUGUCUCCUCUCUCCAAGCUUUUUAAAGACGUUAAUUUUCACUUCCAUGGUGAUGACUUUCCUUUUCUUUGAAGUCCAAAUAGGUAGUCCUUCUUCCCCACUCAGUUUUAAAGCCAUUCUUAAGUUUACAAUAAAUAAAUUGGAGGCUAACUAGUUAGUCUCUUGUGUCACUUCAGAGAUUAGGUGCGCAAUGUGAUGUAAAAAAAAACCUAGCGGUAUUGUCGGAGUGUACGUCUACGGUACGUAUGGCAGGUUAAAGUCAGACUGCUUGUCCUGUGUAUCAAGUGAGACAUCAUAGUGAGGAUGGAUGAUGGGCUGAUGUCAAUCUUUUUUUGAAUGCCACACGAUCAACCGACACUGCGUUCGAGAUACGAAACAACGAGGAACUUUCCCAAUGCUGUCGGGGCUGGAACCAAUUCACCGUGAUAAAAGAGGGACGACUCUAUGCACAGAAAGUGGGACAAAAUAACAGCUGAGACGUCUACCACGAAAGAAGAAACCUUUGGUUCUAUGCUGAAGAUUAGAAGGCCCAGCUUCUGUGAGAGAUGGAGGAGCUCUACACUUUAGAAAAGGAGGUAGGGCGUGGUAGCUACGGUGUGGUCUUUGAAGGCCAUAUAGCCAAAACAGGAGAGCGGGUGGCUGUCAAGCGUCUGCCCUGCAAGAACGCGGAAUGUGUUGAACUCUACUUGCAAGAGUUGUGGGCCAUGAGAGCCACAGCCAAGAACCAUGCCAAUAUCAUUGCAUUGCACAGUUGCCUCCUGCAGACCGGGGUGAGGAGUUUGAAGCCGUUAAAAGGGGGGAAGUUGCCUCUACAUCUCGUCGAAAGUGUGCUGAAAGGAAGUGUUGUUGGGACAUCGUCGCAAGGACAAGAAAGAGGUUCCCAGUCUAACUCUCAACAGAGGGUUAACUCUGUGUCCAGACUUCAAGACAGGACCAACACUCUCCCAUCAACCCCACAAAGGCCUCCAAACAGAGCCAGGAAGAGGUCGUCCCGGACAGAGGACGAGCAGCCCCUAAAUUGCUCAGCCCUGUGGCUCGUGAUGGAGUACUGUGACGGAGGCGACUUGAAUCACUACCUGCUCUCCAGACCACCUGAUGCUCAGCGUAACCACGAUGUGGUGCAGCAGCUCAGCAGUGCUGUGGCCUUCCUGCAUCACCUUGGUAUCAUGCAUCGAGACCUAAAGCCUGACAACGUGCUUGUCAGUAUUCAACCAAAUGGGCCUGUUUUUAAGGUGGCAGACUUUGGCUUGAGCAAGAUGAGCGAAGGCCGAAUGGACGGCAAUCUGACCAGGAAGCAUUUCUCUUCCACCUGCGGCUCAGACUUCUACAUGGCUCCUGAGGUUUGGGGGGGACUGACUUACACGGCUCAGGCAGACAUCUUUUCGCUUGGUGUGAUGUUCUGGGCCGUCCUGGAGAGAAUCACCUUCCUGGAGGAAGGAACCACACAGGAACAACUCGGUGCAUAUGUAUGUAAGGGUCGCUGGUUGAUGCCACUGGGGGAAGCUUUGUGGGAGAACGCUGACCUCCAGCUGUGCAUCCCCAUGAAGUCGAAAAGAGCAACCCCGCUGCCACCCCCUCCUGGCCUGGCAACGUGCGGCCUGCUUUCCGACAUGCUCGCCUCGGACCCGGAUUCGCGGCCGCCAGCGGACCAGCUGGAGUCCAGGGUGCGCGCUGCUUUGAAAGAGGACUCCCACUGAGAGAAAGUGCUCCUAAUGACCACAUCCGCCGCAUGGAAACCGCAUACCGAGCCAUUGACUGCGGCGUCUGUGCCAUGUGUAAAUAACAGCAGGGAUAAAGCCCAUCCAUUCAAGGUGAUUUUAACUAUUUUAUUUAACUAUUAUAUAAUUUCUAGCUUAUCUCUCUGGUAAGGGUGCUGCUGGUGAUCAUUACCGACCAGCACAUCUACACAAUAUAACGUGAGGGGUGUAUCAAAAAUGUACAAUGCUCACUUUUGACUGAGCCUGUCAGAGUUACUACUACUACUAAAGGCCCCCUAUUAUGCAAAAUAGAUAUUUUUUUAAUGAUGUUAUAACAGUAAUAUGUGUCCGUAGAGCACCAAAACCACGUUUGCUCCACUUUGGAGAGAAUCAGCGAUCAACCAGUCACUUUUGAAGUUACGGCUUCUCAUGAAGUCGUGAAGGAAAAACCUAGUUCCUCGUGGACAUGACACCAUCCCCGACCCGCCCCUAGCUAGAUGAGCCUGUCCUGCGUAUACACCCACCACUUCAUGAAGGACAGCUUUGUAAAAAAAAAACAAACAAAAAAAAAAAACACUUCGCUACACAUCUUAAAAUGAAACCUGGAGCUACAUUUCUAUUUAUCGAUAUCAUUUUAUCAGCAUUUAUGGAUAUAGCGCUUGUGUUUAGUGUACCUAAUGUGUGUGUGUGUGUGUGUGCGCGCGCACAGUAUUGACCAAAAUCUGAAUAUUGUACAAAAUGAUUGGGCCUUAGUUGAAUUUUUAAAUAUGUAUUAAAAAAUUUGGCUUCAGUACUCAUCGUAAAAUGAAAAAUCACUGCCUGCUGAAUCAAUGUGUGUUUUUUUUUUAAAUAUAUAUAUAUAAUAUAUAAUACAAUUCAUAAAUAUAUUAAAAAAGAAACACAUACUGCGCUUUAGUCUUAUAUAUAGAUGUGUGCAUGUCCUAUAAAUGUAUAGUCAUACAAGUCAUACAAGUACACAUUGUGCUCUAUUGGGACCUUCUCAUGUAGUAUGUGAUGCAGGUGCCAUGCUGUUGCCGCUGGCCGUUCAUUAAAAGGAGCAUGUUGGAGCUAAAAGUCUUUUCACAUAGUAAACGACUUCAAUGAAACUCGGGGGAUUACUGCUGCAGUUUUAUGUAAAUAGAUUUCUUCCUGUUUUUUUCCCCCCUCGCUAAUUAAAUUACACUUACUUUUGUUGUCCAAAGAAUGUGGCAUGUUGCAUUCACUGCAGCCCACAUACAGAACGUUUUAGAUGUGCAAGUGGCACUGCAGUGCAGUAUUUGCUUUGCGCAAGCUUGUAAACAGCGCUGCUUCCUAAGGAGAGGAACAGAGGUAUGAACAGAUGACCUUUGUCAUUUCACUAUCAUUGUAAUUUUGUAUAUAAUGUCAAUGUAAGACCUUCAUAUUUUUACCUCACCAAAUAGAUGAUAUAGUCUGAAAUAAAGUCAUAUUUUGCGCUAGUCUUUCAUAGUAUCGUCACUACAUUUUCCCCCCCAAUUUAUUAUGCAUGUUAUUAUGUAAUAUAUUUGGUGAUAACUGCCCUGUAAAAAUGAACAGGAAAUUAAAAGUAGGCAUGAUGCUUUUUCUUGAGCCUAUCCAGCAUGUAUUACCGGUUGUCGGUCUUGGUCAUUGACACGCAUAUCUAAGAUGAUAUUUUUGCAAGGCUGUUACUAUGUAAUAUGCUGGAUGCUCCCAUGAAUUCCACAUGAUCAUAAAAAAAAAAGAUUGUCGCCACCAACCAGCUACUUUGUUUGCCUUUCUAGAGGACAUCAGCGGGACAAGUGGAGAUUUAAGUAGCGCUAAUCUCCCGCUUGUACGCUCGCCGUCGUGAUCCUGGCUCAGUGGGGUCGUCUCUGACAGAUCUGUGACCUUUAUGGCUAUGACAACCACUCACGCUUUGCUGGUCAGCCAAUAGCUUCCUCACGCCACCUGUGACCCCCCUUUUCCUGAGAUUGGAAGGGGAAAUGCAUUCAUCCUAUAUACUAUACAGUAUAACAGGAGUAUACAAAGUGCAGCCCGGGGGCCGUUUUUGGUCCGCAGCUUGUUCUUCAUUGGCCCUCGGCAUAUUGUAAAAUUUUAAUGAAUUCAGUUUUAAUAAUGUAGGGGUGUCACGAGAUCCUGUGUCAACAGAUCAAAAUGCGACAAGAUUUCUCCUACAGAAAAAAAUGGUGAUAGUAAAUAAAAUAAAUAAAGCCCCCAUGUGGGAAUGUUAAUAAUGACCAAGAUGAGCCCAUCAAUACAAGCGAGCCAGUAUGCCAAAUUUGUUCAAUAGUGGUAGUCAAAAGUGGUAAAAGCCAACAAAACGAACUUGGCCACCUCAAACAUAUCCACCCGCCCCAGUUUUCCCAUCUGAGGGGAGAAAAAAAAAAAUUACACACGGACAAGUCAACACUCACUGAGACGUUUGAUCAGCAAAGUCGAUACAAAGGGAACAGUGCAAAAAUGGUGUGCGUUCACAGAAAGUUGUCACAAAAGAAAUGCUGCUCUUUAAUACAGUUGAAGAUCCAGCAUUUCAAGAAAUGCUGCAAACGUUUGACAGACAGUAAGAAUUGCCUGUGUUACAUGUUAUAUGUCACAAAUGGCAAUUCCACAACUUUACAGAGUGAAAGAUGACAUAUUUAAGGAAAUAUUGCAUUAUUAUUAUUAUUUAUAAUUACAUAUUGUCAUAUUUGUGAUUUUCUCAAAAAAAUGUGACAGUAUCGUUUGGCAAUAAACAUAUAAAAAUUUCCCUGCAUUGUUUUGUGAAGCGGUUAAAUAAAAAAGUGAGUUCAGUCAUAUUUCUUCACUGUACUUUUCUUAAAAUUUAUGUUAAAAACUCGUCUCGUCGACCCGAUCUUGUGUAUCGUGUUGUGAGUUGGGUGUCUCGUGACACCUUAACAAAUUAGCUUUGUCGCCUACAACUCUAAAAAAAAAAAAAAAAAAGUUACAUAACUUAUUAGCAUAUCUAUGUUUGGAUUAGUUAAUAAUUAAUAUCAAAAUGGCCCCCUGCUGUGUUGAAUCAGGGUCCUUAUUACCCCACCUCUCAAAGCACAGAAACAAGACUCGUCUUUUGCUCAUGUUGCAGUGAAGAUUAAACCAAAGUGCCACUGAAUUCACAGCCUCAGCAAGUCCGGAAGGGGUAGGACGGAAAGUCCUUUUCAGAUAUCACAACUGAUCGCCAGCAAGCGCGAAUGCGGCCGAUACCGCGAUGCGUCAGGACUGCAACAGCAGUCACGACGCGGGCGGCGCUUGCAGGAAAUUACGCAUUGGCUGUUCUGCUUCAGUCAAGCAUAACCACCCCCAUCCCGCCACCUUCACUCAGGACCUGUACUGUAGUAGGUCGAUGUCUGAGGAAUUUGUGCUUUAUUGCGCUUUAUUUCUCACAUGACAAAGCCUUACCGGGAAAUGUGACUCGACACAGCACUCGCUCAAUGUUCGAUAGACAGAAAACUGAUGGAGUUGUAAUUGCACAGUCUGUGUCAUAUGCGCCACUAAAACACACUGAUGGGGCAAUCGGUAGGGGUUCCCUGCAGGGGCUGACAUCUUGACAUUGGGGUGGAAGAAAUUAUCUAGAGGUGAAUGAACUUUGUUUUUGCUGUUUCCACAUGUCUACAAACGCAUCAGGUCACUAUAGCCCAAACAGAUACUUUAUUCUUCAGAAAUAAAAACACUUUUAUACCAAUACGCAUGACAAACAUACAAGAAAUUGGAUUUAAUAAUAAUCCAAUAAUAAUCCAAUUUCUUGUCCUAUAAAUUGUACCAUUACAUAACAAAUGCCAGGUAAUCCCUCCUGCUUAGCACUAAUAACCACUUUUGGUAUAAUUUAAUGUUUUUUGAAGUCAUUUGUCCAUAUUUUCCCAUUAAAACCUAGUCUGUAUUCAAUGUAUACUAACUGUACACAGUGAAACCCGUUUAAGUCUAUGUUGACAUAAACGAAACUAGCCAUUGUUGGAGAAUUUACUUGUGCCUUUGGCCAAGAUAUAAGGUGAAUGGGCGAUAAUAAAGGAUUUUUCAAACUACAGCAGCUUGUUGCUACAACACAUCCACAUAAACGGGCUGAUUUUUCAUACAAAUGACUGCUUUGGGUCUCAAAUAUUAUGCCAACAUUAACUUAAGCGGACACUUUUUUAGUAAUUAUAAGAACGAGACUUGAUGAGCUGGUCGACGUAGACAGGUUUUCGACUAAAAAAGGGGUCCAUUGGACUAAGUUUGAGUUUGGGAGGCCUGUCUCAUUCUCAACAGAUGGAAAGCCCCAGCAGAGUUCUCGUUUAAAAAACAAAAACAAAAAAAACACGGGAGAAUCAUGAUGCAAUAAAAUAAAAAUACUCUUGUGUCCUGCAAACAAAAAGAAAUGUCCAGGUUUAAGUCCAAUCUGGGUCAAUCCAGAUGCUUCACCAUGUAAGGUCCUUCCAACUCAUAGCCCAUCUUCUUGUAGUAGUUCCUUGUACCUACACCUGGAAAAGAGACGAAAAGCUGCCAUCAGCUGUACUAGAGUAAGUACUAGAGAAGAAGUAGUGUUGAAGUUUUUAGUGUUUCUUAUUGGACUAUAACAGGGGUUUUCAAAUUCUAACAUUAUGAGCCUGCCUCCACGACAUAGUAGCUGAGCGGUGCCUCAUUCCCGUACACGGUGCAAUUGGCAAGUUGAAAACGGCUCGUGUGGCGUUGCCGCCGUUGCCUAACAGCUACAUGGGGUACACCCUAGACUGGUUACCAGCCAAUCACAGGAUACAUACAGACAAUAUAUAAACUCAAAUACUGUACUAUAUAAAUGUUAUACAGUAUAAGUCAAUGCAUUUUUUUCAGUGAUUUUUUUGAGGGGCAGGGGACGUGGACAAAAUCAAAUAUACCGGGAAUGGACGAUGACUCUUAAAUUGUAUUUGAAUUACUCUGGAAUAUUUUACUUCAAUAAUUAUACGUUAUUAUUUUUGGGUUGUAAUCAUUCUUCAGAAUGUUUUGAGGCCGCAUGUAGUGUUUUAAAUUUCAUAUUUAAAUUUUCAUAUAUUUUUUUAAUAUGCCGCAGGCCAACAAAAAAAACAAGCUGUGGGCCGCAACUGGCAACCCCUGGCCGGUCAUUUCACACCAGUGAUUUAAACACUAAGCAUUAU